AUGGCGGCAAUGGAGGAGCUGGAGAUCCAUAGCAAGUCGUACUUCGUACGAUGGAUCAACGUCAGCGCCAACCACACCAUCUCCUGGAGUAUUCAACCGCACAAGAAGUCGGUAAACUUUGGAAUCUUCAAGCACCCUGGCCAGUCCAGUCUGAGCUCCUAUCUGCCCGCCUCCGAUUCCCACAGCACCGACUCGACCGAGAACCUGCCCGCAACCGCCGCCAACGCGGGCGCCUCCCGGAACCAACAGUCCACCGUCAUCGAGAAGCUGACCGCCAUUGGUCUCAAGUCGAUCAAGUGGAUUGGCAAGUGUGAGGCGGAUCGGAUUUCUCAGGGCACGUACGAUGUGCCGGCUAGCGAGGCGGGCAAUUACGCGCUCGUCUUCGACAAUACCUUUUCCAAACAGAUCUCCAAGACCGUCACUCUCGUGCUGUUGACCUACCCGACGGGCCUACAACCGCAUGGUUCUGCGCCGCCGUCUAUCGCUCGCUCUCAUGCCGGUGGCUCGUCGGAUUCCCUACCCCAGCCUCGAACGCGCCGACGUGGAAAUAGCAAGUCCACGCUGAGCGCGCAAGUGUCGGACUCGUCGGUGCAUACGGGAUUGUUGCAGAAGCGUCGGCGGAAGAGACACCAGGGCUGGGCGCGUCGGUUCUUCUCGUUAGAUUUUACAUCGUCUACGCUGUCUUAUUACCAUGAUCCGAACUCGUCUGCUCUGCGCGGUGCUAUUCCGUUGUCGCUGGCAGCGGUAGCUACCAAUGAGAAAUCGCGUGAGAUUUCUAUUGAUUCGGGCACCGAGAUUUGGCAUCUCCGUGCGAGUAAUGAUCAAGACUUUUCGUCCUGGAAGCGCGCGUUGGAAAAGGCUUCGUCUAAGGAUUCCAACCCGAAUGAACUCUCCGUUAUUGGGGGAGCGCCGCAGCUUCGUUUGACUACGCCGGGACAUCCCUCACCGGCGGAAGAAGCUAAGUGGGCUCAGGUCGAGAAGUUGGUCAGCCAGGUUUCCGGCUCGCGAGAUGCGGUGCGCCGUCUAGCUCGGGAUACCGAUCCCAAGUAUAUUGUGUCUCCUGCUCCGUCGCCCAUAGAGCCACGGAGCCGUGGCCGUUCCCCGAGUCCCGGCCCUGCUGCGGCGCAGGAUGCGUCCAGUUCGGAUCCUAAGCGGUCAUUCUGGAAGCGCAAGACCAGUGGGAAUAAUUCGAAACGGCCGCCCGGUCCAGAGCAAACCAAUUCCAGCUCGUCCCAGCUGGUUGUGCCUAAGCCAGACGGAACCGGUAGACCUGCAAGCAUUGCUAGUCAUGCUGAUGGCAUGGAUGAGAUUCAUGAAAAUCUGAUGGCUGUGCUACGUGAUCUUGAUCAUGCGGUGUCGGAGUUCUCGGCACUGAUUGCUGAGAGUAAGCAGCGCCGACACCCGCCAAGGUCUGCCAUUAUUCCUCGAAAGAGUAUGGAAUCGGAUAUCUCGCAGGAAUUCUUUGAUGCGACGGAUGGAGGUGCUACGUCUCCACUUUUGACUAUCCAAGAUAGCGACGGCGAAGAUGCAGAGGACGCUGCUGAGAAUGUAGAAGAUGAUGCACCUUCAGACAGUGAAGAUGAGACCGAGGCUACGACUCCGCACGACACCAGCAGCGCCUCUCCCUUGUUCCCAGCUCGUCCAAAGUCUCUCACUCCAUUGCCUCUUGACAAGAUUCGUCGUCGUCAGAACAUUGCAGCACCAACAGUCCUCCCUCCCAGUUUGAUUGGAUUCUUACGCAAGAAUGUCGGCAAGGACUUGUCCACGAUAUCCAUGCCCGUAUCUGCAAACGAACCUCUAUCUUUGCUCCAGCGCGCAGCAGAGAUCCUGGAAUACUCCUCGCUCCUCGACCAAGCAGCCCAAGCCUCCGACCCCGUCGAACGUCUCAUGUACGUAACCGCCUUCGCCCUGUCCUCGCUCUCCAGCAACCGCGUCCGCGAACGUUCCAUCCGCAAACCCUUCAACCCCAUGCUCGGCGAAACCUACGAGCUCAUCCGCGAAGACCAAGGCUUCCGCUUCAUCGCAGAAAAGGUCUCCCACCGCCCCGUCCAACUAGCCUACCAAGCCGACAGCCGCGAAUGGAGUCUCGCACAAUCCCCGAUGCCCAGCCAGAAAUUCUGGGGCAAAUCCGCCGAGAUCACGACCGAAGGCCGCGUCCGGAUCACCCUCCACUCCACCGGCGAGCGCUUCAGCUGGACACCCGCAACCUCCUUCCUGCGCAACAUCAUCGCGGGCGAGAAAUACGUCGAACCCGUCGGCGAACUAGCAGUCGCCAACGAAUCCACCGGUCAUCGCUCCAUCUCCACCUUCAAGGCCGGCGGCAUGUUCUCCGGUCGCAGCGAAGAAGUCACCACCCGCGCCGUCGAUUCGUACAAUCAACCCAUCGCCCUCGGUCUAACGGGAACAUGGCCAGCCUCGUUAACACUCACCCGCGACGGCAGUCCCUCCGGUAAACCCAUCUGGACUGCUGGACCUUUAGUCCCGAGCGCACCAAAGCACUACGGCCUAACAGCCUUCGCCGCGGCCCUAAACGAGAUUACUUCCAUCGAAGAGGGCCGUUUGCCCGAGACAGACUCGAGACUCCGUCCUGACCAGCGUGCCUUGGAAGAAGGCGACUUGGAUCGCGCGGAGGAAGUCAAGGUCCAGCUUGAGGAGGGUCAGCGUGCGCGCAGACGCGAUAUGGAAGCUGCGGGGGAGAAUUGGACGCCGAGGUGGUUUACACGGGUGAGUGAGGAUUCGGAUGGGGAGGUUGUGUGGCGGUUGAAGGGGGGGAAGGAUGGGUAUUGGGAUGAGAGGGCUAGGGGGAGUUGGUCGGGCGUUGUGCCAGUUUUUGAGAAUUGA